GUAUGAGCCGAGACUGGCCAUGCCGUAUCGGACUGGAGGCGCGAGGGGUGGUGGAGGUGCGGGCGCGGAGGGCGAGCCAGAGUCGCCGGUAGAGGCGAGGGCAAGAGGCGGGGCACUGGCUGUGUCCACUCCGCCGGCUACGCCAGGCAGUCAGAUGGGGAUGAUGGCGGACAUCUCGAUGUCGCCGCUGACUCCUGCCCAGUCGUCGACCUUUUCCAUGUCGCGCAUCUCUAUUCUGCCGACGCCGCCACUGAUGAGCGGCGGCUUGUCGCACCAUCCAUCGCGGGUCAUCCGCGAUGCCACACUGCUGCAGAGCCCGCUGCGUCGCAGUCCGGCUCCGACCGCACCGGCUCGCUCGCCGAGCCGCGCCCCGCAGUUCCUCGCCAACCCGCCGACGGCCUCACUCACCGAUGUACUCCUCCCCAAGCAAAGCAGCAGACCGGCCGCAGCACGGCGUGGCACGAGCGGGCUCUGCGCCAAGAUCGACCACUCGCCCACUGCCGAUGGCAGGGAGGAGGCACCGCCGCCAGCAGUGUGGUGCACCGGACAGACGGACUUUACCUCGGACGGGGGCGGUUUGUGA